UCUAGACUACUCGAUCUUCCUGCCUCAGCCACCGGAUAGGGUGUGCAUUUCUGAAUGUGAGUAGGAAGGAGGGAGUAGAGACCCUGGUGCUGUGCCCACCUUGCCGCCCUGGGUGGGGGGUGCAUCAAGCUUCCCCAUCCGGACUCUGGAGGCCCCGCCCCGCCAGGUUUAAGAGCCAGCGGCCCGCAGGUGGGGCUGACUCCCCUCCGGCCGGGUCAGCGUACUGGCGCUUCCCACACAUCCCAGGCUCCCUGCUCCCAUCCUGCGCCGGUCGGGCUGUGGUCGCGCCAUGCCCAGCCCCCGGCCGCGAGACAGCGAGCUGCCCGUUCCCCAGGGCGCCGGCCCCGCUUCCCCGGCACCCCUGCGCCUCGAGUCCUCCUUCUCCGUCGACGCCAUCCUGGCGAGGCCGGGUCCCCGCGCGCGGGUCACUUCCCUGCCUCCCGUCUUCGCCUGUGCCCUGGCCCCGGGGCUCUGGUCCGCGCCCUGGCGGUUCCCCUGCCCGGCUCUGCCCUGGGCGUGCGCCGCCUCCUGGGCCCCCGCCCUGCUGAGCGUGGGGGCCCACGCGCGGCUCCAGCAGCACGCGGUCCCCCGGCUCCACGCGGCUCCCUUCGGCGGCCUCGCGGGCGUCGGCGUCACAGGCUGGGAGUUGCCUCACUGCUCAGGCCUCUGGGCCCCCCCACACUGGGCCCCUCCUGAGGACCUUCAAGACACUGAGAGACACCAAAAGAGAGUUCGAACUAUGUUUAACUUGGAGCAGCUGGAAGAGUUGGAGAAAGUGUUUGCAAAACAGCACAAUCUGGUGGGAAAGAAGAGAGCCCAGCUGGCAGCCCGGCUCCACCUUACAGAGAACCAGGUGAGGAUCUGGUUCCAAAACCGAAGGGUCAAGUAUCAGAAGCAGCAAAAGCUUAAACUGCCAGCCCUGUCUGCUGUGGCUGCCUCCCCAGAUGAGCCCUCCAGCAGCUCCGACAGCAGCAUCCAGAGUGAAGAUGCCCAGACAGGAGCAGACAUCUGAGGAUUGGGAUGGAAGCCCUACUAUCUGGGUUAGUUCUUCCUGGUGGCACCCAUUGGACCCACCUGCCCUGCAUUGCAAUGAAGAGCCUCCUCAGGGUCAGAGGGCACCAGAGGAAUUUGAACUGUCAAGCAGGGCUCCCUUUUCUAUAGCAGCCUCUGGAAGCAGGAAUGUACCUUUUUUUUUUUUUUCCAGUACUGGGGAUCGAACUCAGGACCUUGCACUUGUGAGGCAGGAGUGGUGCCACUUCGCUAAAUCCUUGGAAUAAUGUAAUGGUCAGAGGCACAGACUUUGGCUGUCAGUUAUGUCCUUGGCCAAGUUACUGAACUUCUGAGCCAUUUUCCUUCAUUUGUGUAAAGAGUGUAUAGAUAACAUACUUCUCAGGGGCGAGAUGAUGUCUGUAAAGCACUCCCAAUGUGCUAGGCCCAAAGUGUGCGGUAACUGUUAAGGCUUUUAGGGUCCCUCAUUUGAGGGAGUGGUACCAACACCAGCCUUGACUUCCCAAGGAUUAAUCAUCUUUUCCUGGCCUGCUAUGGAGGAGAAAGGGCCUCACUCAAUCAGUGGUUAGGUGUAGAAGAAUCUUCCUCACCAGAGAUGGUGGAGUUGAGAGCAAAGAAGAGGGAAAGGCAGAUUGCUUCUCUUCACGGUGGUCUGAGGUUUUUUGAUUUGUCUGAACUGUUACCACUCCCACAAGGAGCUCAGUUCCAACUGCCUCCUUGAGCAACAUGCUGCCCUGACCCCCAGCUUUUUCUGUCCAGGUACCUGCCUCAACUUCCUCCUCGUCUUCAUCUAGAAUAGAUAAAUUUGAGUCCAUGCUGUCAGAACAUUGCUGUAUUUUCACAAAAUAGUUAUGUUGCCUCCGUGUCACACCCCCUUAUCCCCUACAAAAUCCUGACUCGUGGCUGCCUUUCCUUCCCAGGAACCUGCUCAGUCUCUGGCUAGGGAGCCUGCUGAUAACUUGCUGUGAUGAAGCCAACAACCUCCAUUUUCAGAGCUAAUAUUUAGACUAUUCAUUCUACAAUGGCUGGGAGGGGGUGAUGGGGGUGGAAGUUGGGGUGGAAGGAGGUCUGCCCUUCCUCCUGGUCCCUAGCUGCUCUCAGGGAGGGAGGAGGAAGAAAGGCAGGGAGCCAAGGAGGCCUUGGAAAACAACCUGCACCCAAGGGGGUGGAUUCCUGGAUAUCGGGUAGCAGGCUUGAGGGGAGCCAGCAUCCAGACUCAAGAAUGCUUCUCUGUCCCUGUCUUCAGGGAAGUUCUUCCUAAGGCAGGACUCAAAGUCAGUUCUACUAAUCAAAGGAAUCCAGCUGC